UUCUUUAUUUCCCUAUGCUGAUUUGUAUUUGUAAGAUUUGUAGGGAUAAUUUGAUUUUUGAUUUUCUAAAAUGGGCAUACCCGAUCCAGAAAAUCCUCUGGCAAUUUUUUAUACGGAUUAUUAUAAAUAUAACAGAAAGCUCUUGGAAAUAUGUGGAUUGUGGCCGGAGCUCAGCAGACCAAGGAAAAUUAUAAUGAUGAUUCUUUUUGCGCUUUUGAUGACGUCUCUGAUAAUACCGAUGGGUGCUGGCGCCAUACACUACUUUCACAAGGGUAGGAUAAUGUACGUGGUUGAAGAUUUGAUUGGUUUGUUGUACCUAACCGUGGCUUCGUCGAAAUACUUCACGUACAGUGUAUUCGAAGGAAGAAUUCUACGGCUUUAUCAUCAGGUAGGCGAAGAUUGGCGAACUACGACCGAUGAAGAAGAAAGAAAAAUUUUACAAGAAUAUUCAGAAUUCGCACGAUUGCUAUCCAUUAUUUACUUUGUCUACGCAGCAAUUGGCGCGUUUUACUUUAACAUGUCUCCGUAUUUGCCUCUGGGACUGGACCGUUGGAUGCCUUUAGAAAGCAAUGAGAGCCGAGUUCGUAUACGGACUUACCACCCUUAUUAUUUCGACCUGAUAGACGCCGAAAAAUACUAUUACGAGUGUUACUUUUUCCAUGGCAACAGUGUAGUGCAUAGACUGAGAAAGAUUGGCUCAACUCUUGAGAUCAACGCAAAGGGAGAGAAAAUAGCAAGAGUCGAUGACAUAACAGUUGUCCGGCAGAUAAAGCACGUCUGCGGCAUGCACAGAACUUCAAUCGAUAGCGUCGAGUUACUUCAGAGCUCGUUCGGAAUGAAUUGGCUUGUGUUUUUGAUCGGUACCGUUACGGGCAUUGCUUUGCUCAUGUUCGACCUAAUUUUCAGCAUGAAGCACCCGCUUGAAAAGAUGACCGGUCUCGUGAUUUUCAUCGGCAUACAAAUUCUUAUAUUCUACAUAAACUGGAUAGCCCAGAAGCUGACGGACAGCACCGAACAAAUUUUCCUAGCAGCUUGCGAAACCUGCUGGUAUAAUCUGUCCGUGAAGGGACAGAAGCUCGUUUAUUUCAUGAUGCAAAAAAAUAUCAUCCCCCUUACUUUGACCGCCGGAGGUAUUGCGGAGUUGAAUUUUCAGCAGUUUGCGUCUGUCUCCAAGACGUCGAUGUCAUACGCUAUGGUUAUAUUGCAAAUGAACGAUGAAUAAUUUAUCAUAUUGACGUAUCGCCGAUGAUAGUUUAUAUAAUAGCCUAUAUAAUUAUUAAAUAAAUAAAUAAAUAAAUAUAGUGAGCAUAUUGUUA